AACCUAACGCUAAAAAAUCGGAACAUGUCGGCAUAUAUAAUCCGUCAAAAAUUAUAUACCGUAUUUUUUAUAUUACUUUUUUCGAUAGUAAAAAUUGCCAAUGGUAGAACGUACAAACCAUGUGCAGUUCAUACACACAGUGGCAGUUGUAUUGCCUUGGGAAAGUGUCCCAUACUCUAUGAACAAUUUAAAGUUUAUAAUGAAUUGACAAGGGAUGAAAAGGAUUUCAUUAAAAACUCACAAUGUGGAUUCGAUAGCAAUGGGGAGGAUCUUGCAAGUCGAGUGCUUGUUUGCUGCCCCCGCAACAGCGACCAGUGUGGUGUAGUUGAAAAAGUGUCCAAUAGUGGAAGUGAUGGCAAUAACAGAACUGAAUCUAUGAUAGCCAUACCAGACGAUGCAUAUCCAUGGAUGGCCGUGAUCGAACAUGAGAGCACCGCAGAUCCAAAUAUACGUGAAUAUCUAUGCGGCGGCAGUUUAAUAAAUUCAAUGUACGUUCUGACAGCAGCUCACUGUUUAACCGAUGCAAAGUGGAAGGCUAGGCGUGUAUGGUUGGGUCAUUGGGAUUCAAACAGCCCCAAUGCCAUGGAAAUGGAAAUAGAAGAGAACAUCAUUCAUCCAAAAUAUGGCCAAAACUCCUAUCAUGAUAUUGCCCUUGUACGCAUGAAAACCGCUGUAGAAGUUUCCAAAUUUAUACGCCCAAUUUGUUUACCCUUAGACGGCCACCUAAAUUCAGUGAAGCUAACAGAUACCUUAGCGGAAUUUGCCAGUUGGGGACCAGAGCAAAAAAAUUUCGGCAUCAAGACCACAUCCAAAUUUAAAAUGUACCUAAAAGUUUGGGAUACGAGAUUGUGUAGAAAGAGGUACAUAAUGUCAAGACGUGAAAUUAACUUGGAUUAUGAAUUGUGUGCUGGUGGUGAAGAGGGUGUGGAUACCUGUAGGGGUGAUUCAGGCGGCGCUCUUAUGCAUUCCAUGCAUAAAGCUUAUCGUGAAAAGGUUUAUUUCGUUAUUGGUGUAAUGUCGUUUGGCAUAAAACAGUGCGGUUCCAAGGGUUGGCCCAGUGUUAGCAUAGAAGUUCAAAGUCAUUUGCCAUGGAUAUUGUCGAAUUGGAGACGAACAACUGGUAGAUGUAUUGCCUUGGGAAAGUGUCCCAUGCUCUACGAACAAUCUAAAGUUUAUAAUGAAUUGACAAGGGAAGAAAAGGAUUUCUUUCCAAACUCACAAUGUGAAUUCGAUAGCAAAGGGGAUGAUCUUGCAAGUCGAGUGCUUGUUUGCUGCCCCCGCAACAGCGAUCAGUGUGGUGUAGUUGAAAAAGUGUCCAAUAGUGGAAGUGAUGGCAAUAACAGAACUGAAUCCCUGAUACCCAUACCAGACGAUGUAUAUCCAUGGAUGGCCGUGAUCGAACAUGAAAGCACCGAAGUUCUUCUUGUCAUUACAGAUCCAAAUAUACGUGAAUAUCUAUGCGGCGGCAGUUUAAUAAAUUCAAUGUACGUUCUGACAGCAGCUCACUGUGUAACCGAUGCAAAGUGGAAGGCUAGGCGUGUAUGGUUGGGUCAUUGGGAUUCAAACAGCCCCAAUGCCAUGGAAAUGGAAAUAGAAGAGAACACCAUUCAUCCAAAAUAUGGUCAAAACUCCUAUCAUGAUAUUGCCCUUGUACGCAUGAAGACUGCUGUAGAAGUUUCCAAAUUUAUACGCCCAAUUUGCUUACCCUUAGACGGCCACCUAAAUUCAUUGAAGCUAACAGAUACCUUAGCGGAAUUUGCCACUUGGAGACCAGAGCAAAAAGAUUUCGGCAUCAAGACCACAUCCAAGUUUAAAAUGUACCUAAAAGUUUGGGAUACGAGAUUGUGUAGCAGGAAAUACAUAAUGUCAAGACGUAAAAUUAAUUUGGAUUAUGAAUUGUGUGCUGGUGGUGAAGAGGGUGUGGAUACCUGUAGGGGUGAUUCAGGCGGCGCUCUUAUGCAUUCCAUGCAUAAAGCUUAUCGUGAAAAGGUUUAUUUCGUUAUUGGUGUAAUGUCGUUUGGCAUAAAACAGUGCGGUUCCAAAGGUUGGCCCAGUGUUAGCAUAGAAGUUCAAAGUCAUUUGCCAUGGAUAUUGUCGAAUUGGAGACGAACAGUCUAA